CCACGGCGGCGCCAUCAUCCGAAACGCAGGCGGCGUCCUUCUGGGUGGGCAUCGACGGGGCGACAUCCGGCGACGCGAUCUGGCAAGCGGGCGUGGACAUCUACGUGCAAAACGGGCAGCCUUCCUUCGCCGGCUGGUACGAGUGGUAUCCGGCCAACUCGAUGGAUAUCGACCUCGAGUUCCAUUUCGGGGACGUGGUCUUCGCCAGCGUCGAGUCGACGUCGAGCAGUGAGGGCGUGGCGGUGAUCGAGAACUUGACUACGGGGAAGAAUGUCACGGUUACUGCUUCUGCUCCGGCGGCGACUGCGACUUUGACGGGUCAGAAUGCGGAGUGGAUUCUGGAGGAUUUGGCGGUCGAUGGUGAUGGAUUGACGUUUGUGGAUUUCGGGGAGGCUACUUUUACGGGAUGUGUUGCGAGGCCGGAGUGUGCCAAGUGCCAUAACAUUUGUACCGCUAGUAAGACUGCCGAGAAACGGAAGCAGUUGCAUCAAAACACUCCUCCAAGACAGUUACUACCGGACAGGAAAGGACAAGACCAACCAGGGUUUCAGCUGGCGGUGCAUGAGAUUCAACAGUCCAAGGGAGCGACACCGGGGAAGGCGACUAUUGCAGUCUCUUCAAACCCAAAAUGUGCACGAUACUUUGCUACGCUGAGGGAAGCUCAUUGGAAGUAUUUCGGCCUUUCUUCAUUGUGCCGGCCCACGCUCGACCUAACCGGUUUGUUUAUAGAGCUGGAGACUUCUAAAGCCAAUACUGUCUACUGUACUUUGCAAUCUCGUAUUGCUAUGGUUGAGCUUGGCCAACAGUAUAUGACUUCACUCGAAGAUGGAGUCUCAAGGGGGUGGAGCGAGGAGGCUGUCAGAGCGUAUAUUUCUCGGAAGGUCAUGCUCGAUCUUGGAAUGUUAGAUGAAGGAACAGAUGUUCGAACCAUGGAGGGUGAAAUGCUCAAAUUUAUUGAGGAAUUUGACAGAAGUAUUGCCUGCGCAUUGAGAUGGCAAAAGCUUUAUAACGAAAUUGGUGUCCCCGAGGUCUUCCUCAUUGGGGAAGAACCUGCUGUCAGCGACGACAGAGAGGAAGUUCCGCACCCUGAUUUCCACUGUGACAGUGACGAAGAAUGUCACUCUCUGCUUAAUCGACUUCUGUUGCCCACUCUGGCGCUGAAGGAGACUUGCUUGAAGCUCAGUGGAGUGGUGGACAUGAUUCAGCGUUUACGAGGGCUGGAUCAAUUAGCGGUGCAGAGGAUAUUUCUGGCUGAAGAGCUCGAGCGACGCGUCACAAACGUCCUGGGAGACACUGCAAAGCCAUAUAAGAACCCUGAAGGCGAUUUCGACUGUUCCAAUGAUGACGAUGACGAGAGCAUGCCUGACAUAGAGGCAUGCUAA